CAGUUGUUUUUUGGAUGUGUAACUGAACGCUACACAAACGUGUUGAUGGUUGUUUCUUGGGGGCUUAAACAGUAGUUUUUCGUUUGCGGUUUCAUGUCGUUUUUUUUUUUUUUGUGUAAAUGAUCUUUUAAGAUUUUAGUUUCUAAACUUGGGGAUUUCGAAAUAUUUUAGUUGGGAGUAAUAAAAAAAAGAAGGAGAGAAGAAAAAACAAACGCAAUGAUGCUGCACAUACAUUAAAUGACUUAAACUAAGAAAAUAAGAAAGAAAUGGCUUGAAAUAAGUAGAAAAAAACUAGGAAGAAGUAAUAAUAAUUCUGGUUUUUUGUUAAAUGAAAUAGAAAAGAUACAAAAACGAAGCGAAUGAAGUAGCUAAAAGAAGUAAAUGUAACUGAAAUUUUUGUGUGUUCUGUGCAGUUGGAUAUAAAGUGUGUGACUCAGCCUGUUAUAACAAAAAAAGAAAUAUGUCUUAAAACAUUCCUCAGCGCCUGCGCGACAUAUGAAAAGAAUUUUUUUUGGUGGAAACAAAAAGAACACAGCAAUUUAACAGAUGACUUGUGAAUGUGUAAGAGAGUUUUUUUUUAGAAUUUUGUAUACAAAAGUGUGGUUCUGGUUUUUGUUAUAAAUAAGAUAAUACCAAGUUAUAGUGAAAAAGAACAAAAUAAAGAAAUUCACAAAAAAAAAAGAACAAACAUAAAUGCUAUCGAUUCUUGACUUAACGUCUUGUCUAUCUAUCUCUAUUGUAAAAAGCUGCCAUCGCCGGUCGUGAUUCUGUUGAUUUUCAAGGCAAAUUCAGUGCAUUGACUUUAGUAAGAACAACAUUAAAAAUUUAUUGUACAAUUCUGGUUCUUGUUGCCAGCAACUAUUGCAGUUGUAACUAGCUGUUGCCUGGCUGUUUGCCUGCUACUUGGCCAGGUUGCAAAGCAACUUGUAUUGUAAAUUAUACAAGAUUGCACUACUGCAUGGCUGUGGCAUGACUGUAGUAGAUCUAUGAAUGCUGCUGUGGUAUGCAGGUUCUAGUUAUCAAACUAUAUUUGCGCCUGGAGUAGUGUUAUUGGUGUAAUUUUCUUAAUUACAAUAAAAAAAGGAAGAAAAAAAAAAACGGCAAAUUUCAAGAAAAAUAAAAAAAUUACAGACUCUAUAAUCAGAAGAAUAAACUUGUAGGUAUUUCAAAACUAAAGCAAAGUUAAUGAUCUAUAAGGAGAAGGUUACCCUGGCUGUACAAGUGAAACAUAACAAAAAAUUAAAUGAAAUUUGUAAUUUAUUAAAAAAAAAACAAUUUGUUUAACAUUACAACUAAUUCUUAACAGAAUAUUGCAUUUAAAGUAAAGCUUAAAAGCUUUUUUAAAAGUUAUCGAAAAAAAGUGUCUAAUAUUAAUAUUUAAUAAAAAAUUAAGACAAAUUUUAAAAAUUUCAACAAGUGCUAAAAAAAUUAAGAAAUUUAGAAAAAGUACACAAAAGCUUUAAUAAAAAAGCUUUGUUUUAAAUUCUUUAUAUAAUAAACAAACACAAACCAUUUGGGAAUUAUAAACAAGAAAAGGGCAUGUAAAUAAAUUUACUUUAAAGAAAAAUAAUUUUCAAAAUAUUGUAAUUAAAAAUAAAAACAACAACAAUGAGUGAUAUUAAAAUUGGCGAAUCCAAUAAAAAUGCAUUAAAUGCACAAAACAGUCGAGCAAAUACAAAAACAACAAAACCAUUUUGUUCGCUGGCAUAUCUGGCCAAAAGUACAAUUGCCAUAAAUGGCACCAACGACAUCAGAACUAUAAAUGGUCAUGGCAGCAGUAGCAACAGCAACAGCAAAAACAACAACAACAGCAACAGCAGCCACACCACUAAUUGUCAACCAUCAACGCCAAAUGUGGCAGCUACAGCGAAAGUGAAUGAACGUGGUUCACCAUCAUUGCCAACAGGUGCCAGUACCACAGUUAAUGGUCAUCAUCACUUGCAAAACGGAAAUUAUUCCACAACCAACAACACCAAAAACACCUGCCCCGAUUACAAACACACCAGCAAUGGACGUUCUAGUGUGGCCGAUGUUUUUGGCAUUAUAAACGAAGAAGAUAUGGAGACCUGUUGUGAUCAAGUAGAUGGUGAACUGGCGAAUGAUUUAAGACGUCCUUGGGAACUGGCAAAUGGUUCAUAUGUUAAGCGUGUACCGCCCUCAUUAAUGACCACAAAUGGCCAGCAACACCAACACCUUAAUGGUUUGCCCUCACUUUCCAAACUUAAUAGUCUAGAUUGUUGGGAUUAUACGAUUGAGUUAGAAUGUCUGCAAGGGCCACAAGAUCUUCAAUUGGCUGCUGAAUUGGGAAAAACUUUACUGGAACGCAACAAAGAAUUGGAAACUCUUUUAAAAGAGCACAAACAUACUGUUGAGGAACAAGAACAGGAAAUUGUGUAUUUGAAAAAGCAUACUACGGCGUUGCGGGAAGUAAACGAUUCUCGUUUAAAGGUCUAUGAACAAUUGGAAGUCGGUAUACAAGAUUUGGAGCGUGCCAAUCAUCGUUUGCUCGUUGAAAAUACUGCCGAUAAAAAGCAUAUAAAAACGCUUGGUCACAAUAUCGAGACUUUGGAGGCACGUUGUGAAGAACUGACUAAACAAUUGGAAGAAUGUCGCCAAUCUUUAACCUUUGAGAGACGCAAAAAUGAACGUCUCUUGGCGGAAAAGAAUAAGGCGGGCUCUGAUGCCAAUGGCGUAAAAUUGAAACCCACUUUGAAUAAAGAUAAUGCCGAAUCACCUUCAGACACCGUACAAACCGGUUAUGAUGCCAACACUACCGCCCCUGAAAAUUGUAGUUUUGCUUUUGCUUCUCCUGCUUCAAGAAAUAAUGCCAAUUCAACGGGUAUUAGUGGUGUAGAAGGUGAUAGUUCGUUUGAUUUGAGUAUGGUUUGUGGUCAGGAGGGCAAUGAUGAAAUUAUUAAAUUGGUUAGUGAUUUGGAGACCACCAAAAGAGCAUUUAUGGCCGAGCAACAGAGAUGUGGUGAAUUGGAAGAACAAUUGGUGGCGAUAAUUCAAGAAAAUCAAUCUUUACAAAGUCGUAUUGCUCAAACUAGUGCCACAGAGGAAAUGAAAUCCAUGCAUGAUGAAUUAUCUAUAUUAGAUGAAGUCAGACAAGGACAAAUGUGUAGUCGUUGUUUGCGCUCUAUGGAUGAUCGCCUCACAGUUAAUGAUGAACAAUCCUCGUUGGCACCCACCGAGGAAUGUGAGGAAGAUGAAGAGCGUAGUCUGCUAGAUUUAGAUGGCAAUCGUGAUGAUAAUGAAAGUGAACAUUCACAGGCUGCCUAUCGCAGCAGCAUGUCCAUUAAGGUUAUGCCACAGCAUCCCGAUUCUUUGGAUUUGAAUAUACCCGGUAGUCCUAAUCCCUAUCGUGAUUUGGUGGAGAAAUAUGAAGCCUUAUUGGAGGUACAACGCUCAUCGAUUGCUCGCAAAAAUAAUCAUGUAGUUGCUGCUGGUGGUGGUGGCGGCGGCGGCAUGUCUUUGGCCGAAGAAUUCCAGUCUUCUGGGGAAUUUGCUCAAACUCAAAAACUCAUGUUCCAAGCGGCCCACAAUGAAAAUACCGGCAAUUGCAAUAAUUCCAGCAAUGGUGAUGCGGCCAGCAGCUGCAAUGGCAGCAUGAAUAAUGACACCAAUAAUUCAAAUACCAAAAAUGAUAAAAAUCGUGGUCGUACUCCUACGGAAUUCUCGGAAGCGGAAACCUCUUCUUCGGGCUUUUCGGAUGAGACCAGCAACAAGGGCACCCAAACUGAUGAGAGACCCGGAUAUUUCCUCUGCUCGAUUGGUGAUGGCGAAGACUGUAAAUUUAGCAUUUAUGAUGAUGCCAGUCCCAUAGAUUCACGCUUCCGCAAUCGUCCUGAAUACCGCGAACUGUUUAAGGAAAUCUUUGCCGUUCUCAAAAAGGCCGCCGAAAACAAAGAAGAAGGCGAUAAGCUGCCUCUGUUGGAUGAUACUCAUCCCAAUGGUGUAAAUGCUCAAAAAGUGCCACCUGUUACUCCUGCCAACGAAGAAUUGCCGGUUGAUUUCGCCGAUGAUGCUCAAAGUGUUAUCUCCUCGGCCGUGUCGGAACAGUCCUUUGCCAUGUCGGAAUGCAUUACCAAAUUAGAACGUAAAACAGCCAAAAAACACAUUAUUGAAAAGAACCAAGAAAACAAGCCUCCCAUGGCGGCCUCCAUUGCUCACUUGUCGUCGCCCAGUGGCAAGCAAAUCAUUGAAAAUGGCCGUGUUUUGACUCCUUUGAAACGGGAACCCUUAGACUACUUGGCCGUGGGUGUAGGUAUCAAGAAGAAGAAUCGUCGCAAGAAUCGCAACUUCUCCAGUGAUCGUUCAGAGUCUCCCUUGGCUUUACCCACACCACCACGCAUUUUUGUGGCCAGUGGCAAGAAACGCAAAGAAGUACGUCCCUAUGUAGAAUCACCCAUGGCUGCCACUCCCGAUCAAUUUAAUACACCCGGAUCAUCGCGUGGUUCUCGCAGUGGACCUAAAUACGAAUGGAAUGGUAAUUCAAUGAUUAUUUAUAAUCGUUCUGUCAGAGGUCGCAACUCCUCGGGUGAGGUAGAUGUAAGCAACAUUCCCUAUAGGCCCAGUACUGUAUCCCAAGAUUUGCACAAACUAAAGAAACUUGACUUGUCGUAUGCGGAAGUUUUAAGACGUGCCGAUGCCUGUAAACAACAUCAUCAUACUCAAUACCAACAACAGCAACAAAGACGAAGGAAUCAUCGUCACUAAAUUAAGGAACAAAAAAAAAACAAACAAGAAAAUCCCCCAGUGUAAUCAACAAAGAACAUAAGUAGUCUUCAUAAAUUUAAGUAGGUGUCUUCGUUUUUACGCCCCCUCAAUUAAGUGAUGACCCCAACCCCCACCCUGAUCACUAAAGAUGACCCCACUGUCUCAUUUGAUUGUUUAUAAUAAUAUUAAUUAAACUCCCAAUAUUUGUAUAAUUUAAUAUUUAGAUGUAUACUCCCUCCUCCAGAAAGAAAGAAAAAAAAUCAGCCCCAAACCAAGCAACAGAAAAUAAGUAGUAAUAUUAAGAAUUAUUCAUCUGCCAUUGAAGCUGAAUCUCUCAGUUGUUUCCUUUUUCCUCCUUAACUAAACUUUUAUCUCUUUUCUUCUGUUUAUGUAAUUACUUUAAUUUUAAAUCAAUUUUUUAUUUACAAUUUUAAAUUGUUUUUCAUUUAGAAAAAAGCGUAGCUACGUUUAAAUUUAGUUUCUUUUCAAACAAAAAAAAUAUAUAUUUUUUAAAAAAAUGUCCUUUUACUUUGAAAACUUGAACAAACCAACAACAUUUAAUUUUAAGUGCAUAAUGUUUAACAGCAACAACUGUAAUGCAAAGAGUUUUAUUUUUGAUAAUUGUGGGCUUAGCGCACAAUCCGCUUUUAAUUUUAUUAAAAUUUCUUUUAAAAAAAGUUAAAUUUUUUAAUUAUAUUUUAUUUAAAUUUUUUUCCAAUAAUUUUUAUAUAUCUCUUUUUUUUGUAAAUAGUAUGAGUUUAAAACCAAAUUUCUCUUAAGUCUUAAAUCAACGAAUUCUGUUUUUUUAUAUAUUGUGUAAAUCCCUCUUCAUUUUUAAUUUAAAAACAAAAUUUUAACAAAAACUUUAAACAUUAAUUUUAAAAGAACAACUAAACACUUAUAUAGUCGACUUGCAAAAUAUUUAAAUAAUAAUAAAAAACAAAACAAUAAAUUUUAAUUUAAAUUUUUAAAUUUUAAUCAACUUAUUAUAUUUAAAACUACUACUUUUUUUGGCUGAAACGUAUGAUAAUAGUUAGAGAGUUUUCACAAAAUUUUAUCUUGUGAAACAGAAUUUUUACUUGAUUUGAAUUAAGAUACAAUUAAAAAUUUAAAU